UUGGUGAGUAUUUCAUCUGAACUACAUCUGAGUAAAAUUGUUGUCUUCAGAAUCGAAACACUAGCAGAAUGGCUGGCCAUUGAAUAUUUAUUGUUGAAAAAUCCAAAGGUUUGUUAUAUUUUAUUGGAAUUCAAUCAAUAAUUUUUGAAAUUUCAGAAGAACUUCGAACACGAAAAAGCGGCUAGUGUCAAUACUUUGAAAAAGUUGAAUUACUGUAUCUAGACUACAGUACUCUUCUUCAUAUGCUCAAAAUUCAAAAACAAUGUCAAAAAUUAUGAUCCAACCGUAUAUUUGCUGGUGAGUUUUUUUCAAAAAUUUUUCCAAGAAAUCAUGUUUUUUUUCAGAAAUCUCCAAAUUUUCUGAAUAUGCGUUCCAAAUUUAUUACUGUAUCUAUACUACAGUACUUCAGAUAUAAAGUAUUGAAGUCGUGAGUUUUCAUUUUAUUUUUUUAUUUUCAAAAUUUCAAUUUCAGACUUGAAUCUCAUCUCCCCAUCAAAAUGGAACAGUUCGUCCCGACUGUAUGAGAAUCAUACAAAAAUGAAUUUUUUUUGAAUUUGAUCGAUUUUUCAAUAAAAUUUUAUCGAUUAAAUAUCAAUAUUUUCGAAUUUUUUCACAACACUUUUGUUUUCAGAAAAAUUCUAGAAAUCUUUAGAUAUAGAAAAAGCAUUCUCAAACAAAUAUGAUUGUGAAGUAAAAUUAUAAGUUACAGUGAGUUUUUCAUAAGGAAAUUAUAAAUUGAAAUUUUUCACACAAACUUUAUAAAUUUUGAAUUUGAAUUUGAAUUUCAAAAUCAAUAAUUGCUUUUCAAAUAAAAACAUAUUCUCUCUCUCUCUAACCCUCUCUCAAUUUCCCACACUCUCUCAUCUACCCUGCAAAAAAACACGCUAAACAACGCGCACGCGGAGUAUCGUUGUUUCGCUUUUAUUCUUAUUUUUUUGCACGACAUUUUUAUUUUUUGCUUUUUUUCUGGUUUUCGAGGGUGAUUUGGUACAUUUUUUAAUUUUCUUAUUUUUUUAGAGACAACCGUCACAGAAUGCAGGGGUCCCAUCAAAUCCACUAUUGUCAAUUUGUAAUGUAAGUUUAAGAAUAGGCGAAAAUUUUAAAAAGAAAAAGAAUGUAGAAGUUUCAGGCUUCCGAACAAGAAGAUGUUUCGUUUGGACAGGAUAUUCAAAGAGUUCAACAACUUCUCACGGAACGGGCCAUUCAAGUUAGUUUAUUUUGA